GAGCAGGCAUGGCGGCCUCCAUGGCGAGGGUCGGCCGGCCUGCAGCAGGCUUGGGCGGAAGCUUUCGAGCCGCCAGGGCCCUGCUCCCUGCGCCAUCGUCUGUCGCUUGCGGGGCCCUCGCGGGGCCGGGCUGCCGGCGAGUCACCGGACCUUCGCAUCCCGGCGCCUUCCAGCCGCCGCCGAAACCGGUCAUUGUGGACAAGCGCCGCGCCCAGCGUUCGGAGAGCAGGUUCUUGAGUCCUGAAUUCAUUCCUCCAAGGGGAAGAACAAAUCCUCUGAAAUUUCAAAUAGAAAGAAAAGAUAUGUUAGAAAGGAGAAAAAUACUCCACAUUCCAGAGUUCUAUGUUGGGAGCAUUCUUCGUGUCACUACUGCUGACCCAUAUGCCAGUGGAAAAACCAACCAGUUUCUGGGGAUUUGCAUCCAGAGAUCAGGAACAGGACUUGGAGCUACUUUUACCCUUAGGAAUACUAUUGAAGGGCAGGGUGUUGAGAUUUGCUUUGAACUUUAUAAUCCUCGAAUCCAGGAGAUCCAAGUGGUCAAAUUAGAGAGACGGCUGGAUGACAGCUUGCUGUACUUGCGAGAUGCCCUUCCUGAGUACAGCACUUUUGAUAUGAAUAUGAAACCAGUAGCACAAGAACCUAGCCAAGAAGUCCCUGUUAAUCAGCUGAAAGUGAAAAUGAAGCCUAAGCCCUGGUCCAAACGCUGGGAACGUCCAAAAUUUAAUAUUAAGGGGAUAAGAUUUGACCUUUGUUUAACUGAAGAGCAAAUGAAAGAAGCCCAGGAGUGGAGUCAGCCGUGGCUUGAGUUUGAUAUGAUGAGGGAACAUGACACUUCAAAAAUGGAAGCUGCAAUAUGGAAUGAAGUUGAAGCAUCGAAAAAUUCCUGAUCUGAGAAUGAAUUUGGUUACUUGCAGAGGAUAUACUGACUCUCCAAGGAUUUAUGUAGAAACUAAUUUUAUAUAAAAGGACCCAGUCAUUAAAUCAACUAAGAUUCAUUAUUUUAUGGGUAUUAUUAAAAUAAAUAAAAUUA